CCCUCUUCUCCUUCUCUCAUGUCCCCCUUUGAUCUCUCAAAUCCUUUUCCUCUCUUCUCUCUUGUCUCUUCAAGCACAUUGUUCUUCUUCCUUAGAUACUAUUAAGUUCAUAAUUUGUUUUUCUUCUUCGGUAUAUUAAGUGUUAUUUCUUCUUCUAGUUUAAUAUGAGAUUAUUCUCCUAAUUAAUCUUUAAGAUCCAUCGCCAUCGCCGGAGGUUUCCAAUCAGGGUUAGGGUUUUUGAGGGCCGGGAGUGGCGCCGGCGAAGGAGAGGAUGUUGAAUAGGAUCAUCAAGCGGGGGGGCCCCAAGCUCCCCAAAACCGACGCCAACGAGCCGCCUGCCGUCGUCGUCGGCCACGUCUCCCGCCCCGCCGCGGGCUGUGACACCUCCUCCGUCCCCUCGAUCGAGGCUCUCCCACUCUUCCGUGACGUCCCCGCGGGGGAGCGGCAAUCCCUCUUCAUCCGUAAGCUCCGGUUGUGUGCCGUCGUCUUCGACUUCUCCGACAUGAUCACCCUCCGCUGCGCCCGUGAGCGGGAGGUCAAGCGGCGGAACCUCGCGGAGCUUAUUGACUUCGUCCAGUCCAGCUCCGACCGCCUCGCCGAGCCUGUGCAGGAGGAGCUGGUCCGCACCAUCGCCACCAACAUCUUCCGCUGCCUGCCCCCGGCCGCCCACGAGAACACCGGCUCCGAGGCCGCCGCCGCCGCCGCCGCCGCCGCCGAUCCCGAGGAAGAGAACAUCUUUCUCGACCCCGCCUGGCCCCACCUCCAGCUUGUCUACGAGCUUCUCCUCCGCUACGUCGUCUCCUCCGACACGGACGCCAAGGUCGCCAAGCGCUUCAUCGACCACGCCUUCGUGCUUCGCGUCCUCGACCUCUUCGACUCUGGGGACCCUCGCGAGCGCGAGUAUCUCAAGACCAUCCUCCACCGCAUCUACGGCAAGUUCAUGGUCCACCGCCCCUUCAUCCGCAAGGCUAUCAGCAACAUCUUCUACCGGUUCAUCUUCGAGACGGAGCAGCACAGCGGCAUCGGUGAGCUGUUGGAUAUCCUCGGCAGCAUCAUCAACGGGUUCGCACUGCCCAUGAAGGAGGAGCACAAGCUGUUCCUCGUGCGGGUGCUCAUUCCCCUGCACAAGACGAAGCCGGCAGGGGUUUACCACCAUCAGCUCGCCUACUGCACAACGCAGUUCGUGGAGAAGGACUGCAAGCUUGCGUACACUGUGAUCCGAGGGCUGUUGAAGUAUUGGCCAGUGACCAACUGCCAGAAGGAGUUGCUGUUCCUCGGGGAGUUGGAGGAGGUACUGGAGACCACGCAGCCCACAGAGUUCCAGCAGUGUAUGGUUCCGUUGUUCAAGCAGAUCUCCCGCUGCCUCAAUAGCUCUCACUUCCAGGUUGCUGAACGGGCUCUCUAUCUUUGGAACAACGAUCACAUCGUCAGCUUGAUCUCGCAAAACUGCAGUAUCAUUUUGCCAGUCAUAUUCGAAGCACUGGAGAAGAACAUGCAGAGCCACUGGAACCAAGCAAUUCAUGGCCUAACCGCAAAUGUCCGAAAGAUGUUUCAAGACAUGGAUGGUGAUCUUUUUGAGGAUUGCCGACAGCAGUAUAUAGAGAGAGUAGCAAGUGCCAAAACCUUGGAAGAAGAACGAGAGCUGGCAUGGAGACAACUAGAAGCUGUAGUUGCAGCCAAAGCUGCUGGAGAAGCAAUCAUUCUUGUCAAUUAGCUUAGCUUGCAGCCUCUCUCUCUCUCUCUCUCUCUCUGUAUAUAUACACAUGUAUCUUCUUUUUUCCUUCAUGUUUUUCUGUGUAAUGUAAUUUAAUGUAUCAUUUGAGGAUUUGUCUGCCUGUGAUGAUGAAUUGUUUUUGAGAUUAUUGACUUUUCAGAGAGGUUGUAUUGCCUCUCCUGCUA